AUGGCUGCUGUGCAGGCCAAUGCGGCCAUGCAACAGCAGCAGCAGCAGCAGGGCAAUAACCCCAUGAUGAACAAUGUCCUGCCGCAUGGCAUGACCAAGGAGGAUGUUCAGCAGAUAUACAAGAAAUACCAAACAAUGAAGGCUCAAGGCGUGCCGGACAAUGAGCCCGAGAUGAUGAAGGCGCGCCAGAUCCUACAGCAGAUACAGCAGAAGACUGAGCUGCUCAAGAGGCAGGCUGCGGCGCGUCAGGCUCAGCUCAAGCAGCAACAGGCCAUGGCUCUGCAGCAGAAUGGCGCUGGUGGUUCGCGGCCUCAGAUGAAUGGAGCACCUACUUCGACCGCGCCUUCUAUGCCUACGACCAACAGUCCGAGUCAGACGCAGACAGGCACACCAACUGCGAAUGGCAUGCCUCAGAAUGCUCCUCCCCAGGCGACUGAAGCGCAGGCGGCCGCGACAUCGGCACAGGGCAAGAAUGCAGCCCAAGCGAUGUUUUCGAAAGAGCAGAUCAGUAUGCUGGGCAGCCAGAUGAGGGCGUUCCAGGCGUUGCAGAAGAAUCAGCCUAUCCCAGCAGACGCACAGGCUCGUAUCUUUGCUUCCCGGCAGACCCAGGCGUCGGUGCCAGACGGAGUUGCAGCUGUGGGUAAAGUGCUAGAUGAGGCCGCAAAGGGGGGGAAGGUGGACGGCCAGGAGGAUGUGCAACCUCGGCACAAGUUCGAGACAUUCACCGAUCCUCACUCUCUGCUGUUCAAGAACAUCGGCUUCCUGGACCACUCGCAUCGUCAAUCUCGGCCCAUGAUACCCAGCAUUAUGCCCUUGGGUGUGGAUCCAGAGCGCGUGCGGGAAGAGCGCGAGAACAUGAUCUACAAUCGUGUUGUCGCGCGGAAGCAGGAGCUGGGGAAGACGUCCGCGAACAUCGGCGCAUGGGACGUGAGCAAGUCGGACAAGCCAACAGACAACACGAACCUCAAGCUCAAGAGCUUGAUCGAGUACAAGAUGCUGUGCCUGUUACCAAAGCAGCGGGAGAUGCGGCAAAAGAUCAGCAAGGAGAUGGCGAUGUCGGACAAUCUGUCCAUGACCGCGAACCGUUCAAUGUACCGCCGCGUCAAGAAGCAGUCUUUGCGUGAGGCGCGCAUCACCGAGAAGCUUGAGAAGCAACAGCGCGAUGCCGCUGAGACAAAGGAAAAGAAGAAACACCUCGACUUCGUCCGGGCUAUCACUCACCACGCAGACGAAAUUCGGCAGAGUGCUCAACAGCACAAGAACCGCGUGCAGAAGCUUGGCCGUCUCAUGAUGAACACCCAUUCGAAUAUCGAGAAGGAAGAGCAGAAGCGCAUUGAGCGGACCGCCAAACAGCGUCUCCAGGCGCUCAAGGCUAACGAUGAGGAGACUUAUCUCAAGCUGCUCGGACAAGCCAAGGACUCUCGUAUCACGCACUUGCUCAAGCAGACUGAUGGCUUCUUGAACCAGCUUGCCACCUCGGUUCGUGACCAGCAACGCAGCCAGAACCGGCGCUACGCGGAAGAGGUCGUCGAAGAAGAGGACGAGCCAGAGGAGCCUGAUAGCGAGGAUGAGUCGAAGCCGAAGGUGGACUACUAUGAAGUCGCUCACAAGGUCAAGGAAGAGGUCAAAGAGCAGUCACACAACCUUGUCGGUGGCACGCUCAAGGAGUACCAGCUCAAGGGUCUGCAGUGGAUGAUCUCGCUCUACAACAACAACCUCAAUGGUAUCCUCGCCGACGAGAUGGGUCUGGGCAAGACCAUCCAGACCAUCUCGCUCAUUACUUACCUCAUCGAGAAGAAGGGCCAGUUUGGACCUUUUUUGGUCAUCGUCCCGCUCAGUACGCUCACGAAUUGGAACAACGAGUUCGAGAAGUGGGCGCCGACGGUUCAGAGAAUUGUGUACAAGGGUCCACCUACCCAGCGCAAGAACCACCAGAACCAGAUCCGAUUCGGCCAAUUCCAGGUUCUACUCACCACAUACGAAUUCAUCAUCAAGGAUCGCCCUGUUCUGAGCAAGGUCAAAUGGCUGCACAUGAUCGUGGACGAAGGUCACCGCAUGAAGAACGCUGGCUCGAAGCUGAGCAGCACGAUCACCCAGUACUACCACACCCGCUACCGGCUCAUUCUCACUGGCACACCACUCCAGAACAACCUCCCGGAACUGUGGGCGCUGCUCAACUUUGUGCUUCCAAACAUCUUCAAGUCGGUGAAGAGCUUCGAUGAGUGGUUCAACACGCCUUUCGCAAAUACCGGUGGUCAAGACAAGAUGGACCUGACGGAAGAAGAGCAGCUGCUCGUCAUUCGUCGGUUGCAUAAGGUGUUGCGUCCUUUCCUGCUCCGUCGUCUGAAGAAGGACGUCGAGAAGGAUCUUCCUGACAAGCAAGAGCGGGUCAUCAAGUGUAACUUCUCGGCGCUUCAGGCUCAGCUGUACAAGCAGCUUGUUACUAACAACCGCAUCAUGGUCACCGACGGACAAGGCAAGAAGACUGGUAUGCGUGGGCUGUCGAACAUGCUUAUGCAGCUGCGGAAGCUGUGUAACCACCCGUUCGUGUUCGAGGAGGUCGAGGACCAGAUGAAUCCUAGCCGGAUGACGAACGACCUCAUCUGGCGUACGGCGGGCAAGUUUGAGCUUCUGGACCGAAUUCUGCCCAAGCUUCAAGCGACUGGGCACAGAGUCUUGAUGUUCUUCCAAAUGACGCAAAUCAUGAACAUCAUGGAGGACUUCCUUCGUUUCCGCGGACUGACGUAUCUUCGUCUGGACGGUGCCACGAAGGCUGACGACCGGUCGGAUCUGCUCAAGGAAUUCAACGCACCGAACUCGCCUUACUUCUGUUUCUUGCUGUCGACUCGUGCGGGUGGUCUCGGUCUGAACUUGCAGACUGCAGAUACGGUCAUCAUCUACGACUCCGACUGGAAUCCUCAUCAGGAUUUGCAGGCUCAGGAUCGUGCGCAUCGUAUCGGGCAGAAGAACGAAGUGCGCAUUCUGCGUCUCAUCAGCUCGAACUCGGUCGAAGAGAAGAUUCUCGAGCGUGCUCAGUACAAGCUCGACAUGGAUGGCAAGGUCAUCCAAGCUGGCAAGUUCGACAACAAGUCCACCAACGAGGAGCGUGACGAGAUGCUGAGGGUCAUGCUGGAGUCUGCGGAAGCGGCUGAGAGCUUGGAGCAGGAUGAGAUGGACGACGAUGAUCUCAACGUGAUCAUGAUGCGCAAUGAUGACGAGCUCAUCACGUUCCAGGAGAUGGAUCAGAAGCGGCAGCGGACGCAGCCAUAUGGUCCCGACAAGAAGUUGCCGCGUCUCAUGGCUGAGAGCGAGUUGCCGGACAUCUACAUGCAGGAAGACAACCCUGUCGUCGAGGAGAUCGAGUUCAACUACGGCCGCGGCGCUCGUGAGAGAACGAAGGUCAAGUACGACGAUGGGUUGACUGAGGAGCAGUGGUUGGAUGCUGUCGAUGCGGACGACGAUACCAUUGAGGAAGCUGUCGCUCGCAAGCAGGCUCGUGUCGCUAAGCGCGCGGCCAAGAAGGAGUCUCGUGUUCGCGGCGAGUUCGAUCUUGGCGAUUCCCCGCCUCAGUCUCGAGCGAGUUCUGAGUCGCCUGCGCCAAAGAAACGUGGUCGGAAGCCGAACAAGCCAGAGAAGCGGAAGGCCGAAGAGGCUGCUCUUGAUCCGGUACCUGAGCCACCCAAGAAGCGCGGUCGCGGCGCGAAGGUGGUUGAGACUUUGUCGAAACAGGAUCGCGAGACCUUACAGACGAUUCUUGACAACGUGCACGACUCGCUGCAAGAUCUGGAAGAGGAGUCCACAGAUCCUGGUCUGGCGAACCGCGGCAUCAUCGAUCCUUUCCUGGAACUGCCGCCCAAGAGCGAUUACCCAGACUACUACCAGCUGAUCAAAGAGCCGAUCGCGAUGAAGCAGAUUGAAAACAAGAUCAACAAGAAGCAGUAUCAGAGUCUGAGGCAGUUCCGGCAGGACAUUGGGCUGCUGUGCAACAACUGCAGGCAGUACAAUGAGGAUGGGAGUGUGCUGUACAAUGAUGCUAAUUUGAUUGAGAACGCCUGCGUCGAGAAGCUCCGCGAGGAAACAGCCAACCACCCCGAAUUCGCCGACUUCGAUGAUCAGAGUGCAGGCGACGGCGCUUCUACUCGCAACAUCUCGAGCGUCGGCACGCCGCAGCCCGCGCCGCGAUCGGGUUUCAAGCUCAAGCUUAAUGGGUCGAAGGCUAACGGGAACUCGUCGCGGGGUGGAACGGAGAGUGUGGCGCAGAGUGAUGAGGAGUAG